GGGGACCAUCAAACUACCACGUCUGCAGCGGUGGGAGGAAGAAGGGGAGAGACUGCCGGAUCAAAAUAAAGCAACAACAAGCCAGCAAAGAUAAGAAAAAAAGAACGGUGGUUUUGUUUAAAUAAAUAACCUGAUUGUAACAUCUGCAGAAAAAGGGAGCCGUUAUCUCUCAACACUAUCUAGGAUAGAAUCUAGAGAGAUUUGAGAACUUUCAACUCUAUUGUUAAAGUCGCCUAUUGGGAAUAAUGCGUUAAAAUAGCGGAAAACAACCCGUGUAAAUAAUAGAGAGCAAAGUCUUCGCGGUUGAGCCGUGGUGGUAUCACUUUUUUGGGGGGUUGUUUUGUUCUUCCGUACUUUCAGGGAUUCGGUGUGGCAAGUUUUUUUCUCCAGCAUAAUGUUCUGACAACAAGUCAACCAGUUCGUUUUAUAGGCAACCGUUAAGUUUAGUUAGGCUAUUUCUUUUUUCGAGUGCAAGGGAUGGCAUUUGGGAUUAAAACGAUCGCCCAACUCGUGCUGCUGGCGCUGGCGCUGGAGCUGAACGCGCAAGGAGCAACGCAGCGAGAGGUGAAGCCGGAGUCAUGGCUACAGCAGUACGGGUACCUGCCUCCAGGUGACAUGCGGACGCACGCGCUCCGCUCCCCGCAGUCCGUCCCCUCCGCCAUCGCAGCCAUGCAGAGGUUCUACGGCCUCACCGUCACGGGCUCCAUCGACGCCAACACCAUCCAGGCCAUGCAGCGGCCUCGCUGCGGCGUGCCAGACAAGUUUGGCUCGGAGCUUAAGAGCAACCUGAGGAAGAAGCGCUACGCUAUCCAGGGCCUCAAGUGGGACAAGAGGGACAUCACCUUCUCCAUCCAGAACUACUCCCCCAAGGUGGGCGAGUUCGAGACCCACGAGGCCAUCAGGAAGGCCUUCAAGGUGUGGGAGGGUGUGACCCCGCUGACCUUCCGCGAGAUCCCCUACAGCUACAUCCGAGACAAGGUGGAGGAGUUCGCCGACAUCAUGCUGUUCUUCGCUGAGGGUUUCCACGGUGACAGCAGCCCCUUCGAUGGCGAGGGGGGCUUCCUGGCGCACGCCUACUUCCCUAGCAACGGCAUUGGCGGGGACACCCACUUCGACGCGGCCGAGCCGUGGACCGUUGGAAACCGAGAUCUGUAUGGAAAUGAUGUGUUCCUGGUGGCGGUGCAUGAGCUGGGCCACGCUCUGGGUCUGGAGCACUCCAACGACCCGUCCGCCAUCAUGGCCCCCUUCUACCAGUGGAUGGACACCGACAACUUCCUGCUGCCUGACGAUGACCGCAGAGGCAUUCAGCAGCUCUAUGGCUCCAGUUCGGGUCCAGUCCCCCCGCCCGUGACGUCUCGCACGCCGUACAACGAAGACCCCGAUCCCACGGAACCCCAGGAGACCCCUCACUUCGGACCCAACAUCUGCGAAGGCCACUUCGACACCAUCGCCAUCCUCCGAGGGGAGAUGUUUGUCUUCAAGGAUAAGUGGUUCUGGCGUGUGCGCAACAACCAAGUGCUGGAAGGAUACCCCAUGCCGAUGGGUCACUUCUGGAGAGGCUUGCCGUCCCACAUCAACAAUGCUUUCGAAAGAGAAGACGGGAUGUUCGCGUUCUUCAAAGGAGACAAGUACUGGGUGUUCGAUGAGUCCAGCCUGCAGCCCGGCUUCCCCAAGAGCCUGCGGGAAAUGGGGACCGGGCUGCCCACCGACCGGAUCGACGCCUCGCUCUACUACACGCUCAACGGACACACCUACUACUUCCACGGGAGCAAGUACUACCGCUUCGACCACGAGUCGCGGACGGUGGACAGGGAUUACCCAAAGUCCAUCAGUGUGUGGCAGGGCGUGCCUGACAACCUCAAGGCUGCCUUCAUGAGCAAAGACCAGGCGUACACAUACUUCUACAAGGCCAACAAAUACUGGAAGUACAACAACCAGAUGAUGCGCGUGGAGCCCGGCUACCCAAAGUCGGCGCUGCGCGACUGGAUGGGCUGUGCCAACGACGAGCCCAAGACGGACGGGAGGAGGGGGGACAAGGACAAGGACCGGGAAGACGCAGACAGAACCAGGGACCGGGAAGACGCAGACAGAACCAGGGACCGGGAGAGGGAGCGGGAGAGGGAGAGAGAGAGGGAGAGGGAGAGGGAGCGGGAGAGGGAGAGGGAGAGGGAGAGGGAGAGGAACAGGGACAGGGAGAGGGGGGUGGACAGAGAGGAAGACACGGAGGUGAUCAUCAUUAAGGUGGACGGGGAGCGUCCGGGGGCCGGGAGCAAUGCGGCGGCCGUGGUGGUGCCCAUCAUGCUGCUGGUGUGCGUCAUCCUCACGCUGGCGGUGCUGCUGUUCUUCCGUCGCUACGGAACCCCACGCCGACUCCUCUACUGCAAGAGGUCACUACUGGACCAGGUGUAGGAACCAGGGAGGGGAGGAGGAGGAGGAGGAGGAGGAGGAGGAGGUGGAAGAGGAGGGGGAUAGAGAGGGACCGAGACAGGGAGAGAGGUUAAAAGAGGAACGUUUGGGAGAGAGAUGGAAGCAGGAGAUAGGGGGAAACGCCGAGUUGAAGGAGAACGUCAGCGACGAAGUGCGGCUUCGCCGGCUAAACCAAACACGGAAGAAGAAUUUGUCUGCUCUUUUUCCUCAUUUUUUUCUCUUUUUUCCUCCCUCGCUUUUUUCCGCCCCCUCUGUCUCUUAUUUUCAACACUGUUCUCUCUCUUCCUUUGUGGUUUGUUGACGCCAGCUUGUUGCUGUUUGGUUUAGCCUUUUUCAAUGUAUUUUUUUGUUGUGUUGUUGUUUUAGCCAAGGGUCAGGGGUCAUUGUGUGUUUGCGCCUCUAUUGAAGCAUGUCAGCCCCUUGGACUGUCCUCUUUAUUUUUUACUCUCUUCUCAAGAGUACACAAGCGAAUAAAAUUAAAUGUGCAUGCACAACUAUGCACAAGCAUGUACGCACACACAUAGACACGCAUGCGCGUGUAUACACUUGAAAACUGCAGUGACUUUAUAGUCACAGUAAAAUUUCCAGUGAAGAUAAAAUGUUGAAGAGCCAGUAUUGAUAAGAAAAAGGGAAAUAAACUUAAGAAGCAUGAAAAGCACUCUUACUUGAGUAAAGUGAUUUUAUAAAAGUCUGUCCGAAACCAUUCUUUUUGUCUAGCCUACCAAUCUUUGAUGAGUAUUAUGAGCAGUGAUGUUGUCAUUAUUAUUGUGACUAUUACUAUUGUUGUUAUUUUUGUCCUCUGUGAGUAUGGGUUGUUUCUUUGUACAUUGUCAUUAUUAAGUCCUGCUGGACAGUGACAGAAAAUGUGGCCUUAAUUUUAUAUUUGGGGGAAACUGAAAGGGACGGGGUAUUUUUCUUGAAACUUGAUUGUAGUUUUUUUUAUUGGUGUUUGUUUUUUUCUAUCCAUCUCAAAUGAAAUAAAUCAAAGAUCUAAAACAAAUGA